AUGGAGCCCAUCGCAAUUAUAGGUUAUGCUCACCGGUUCCCCGGCGGCGCUGACACUCCCUCGAAGUUCUGGGACCUUCUCACCAGCGGCCGUAAUAUAUCCCGGGAGCCGGAGCCGGAACAACUUAACCUUGCAAAAAGUUAUAACAAAAAUGGCGACCACCACGGUAGUACCAACGUAUUAAAGUUAUAUUUUUUAGACGAAGAUUCAAGCCUUUUUAACGCCGCCUUUUUCGGUAUUUCACCCCAUGAAGCCGAAGCUAUAGACCCGCAACAGCGGGUCCUACUCGAAACCGUUUUCGAGGCGUCAGAGUCGAGCGGUAUCCCGCUGGCCGGGCUUCGAGGCUCGCGCACGUCCGUAUACGUCGGUGUUAUGACAAACGACUACGCCGACGUUCAGGCGCGCGAUGUUCAAGAUAUGAACGCUUACACGGCAUCUGGCACCUCUCGCGCCAUGCUUGCGAACCGCGUUUCAUACGCUUUUGAUUUACGCGGUAAUUCCGUGUGCCUCGAUACGGCCUGCUCGUCCUCGCUGGUGGCCCUACACCAAGCCGCCCAGGACCUGCGCGACACCGGCCCUACGGGAUACGAUAUGGCUAUCGUCGCCGGCUGUAGCCUGUUGCUUGACCCUUUGAUGUAUAUCACCGAAAGCAAGCUGCAUAUGCUUUCCCCUACCGGAACUUCCAAGAUGUGGGACGCCGGCGCCGACGGCUAUGCCCGUGGCGAAGGCGUGGCUGCUGUAUUAAUCAAACCAUUGAAUAAAGCUUUGCGCGAUGGCCAUUUCAUUCACGGCGUUAUACGUGCCACCGGCGCGAAUUCGGAUGGCAGAACGCCGGGGAUUACAAUGCCCAGCGCCACGGCUCAGGCCCAGCUGAUUAGGGAUACGUACGCCGCGGCGGGAUUGAAUAUCAAAGAUUUGAACGACAGGUGUCAGUACUUCGAAGCACAUGGCACAGGUACGCCAGCAGGAGACCCCAUCGAGGCGCGAGGAAUCUUCGACAGCUUUUUUGGCGAUUUGCCUCGCGACACCGAUAAAGUUCCUCUACCCGUCGGGUCGGUUAAAACCAACAUCGGUCACCUGGAAGGUUGCGCGGGUUUAGCAGGUUUAAUUAAGGUGCUCCAGGCCAUGGCUUAUAACAUCGUACCGCCGAAUCUACACUUUAAAAAGCUCAACCCGGCCAUCGAGCCAUUGGCCCACCUGCUACACGUUCCGACCAAGGCUAUCCCCUGGCCGGAUCGACCAGCCGGACAGCCCAAGCGCGCCAGCGUUAACAGCUUUAGAUUCGGCGGCACCAACGCCCAUGUCAUAAUUGAGUCUUUCGAGGCCGGCGGUGGCAUUGUGGUGGCCGACGACGGAAAAAAUGUUGGCGACGAGCGAUUAAUGGUGCCCAUAGUGCUCAGUGCCAAUACCGAGGCCGCCCUGCAGAAAAGGGCUCUCGGGCUACGGGAUUAUUUGGCCAAAAAUCCACGCGUUAAUAUAAAAGACCUGGCCUGGACGUUAAUGGCCCGCAGGAGCGAGCUGCCGGUUCGUAUGGCCGUGGCUGCCAACUGUUCCCAGGCGUUGGCGGAAAAAUUGAUCGAUGCAACCAACACGGAGCCGGGUGGGAAGAUGCUGGCGCUUGGUACCCCUUUUAAACCGUUGGUAUCGCCAGCCGAUGGUAUCGGCAUUCUUGGGGUUUUUAUUGGACAGGGAGCUCAGUGGGCCGGCAUGGGCAGAGAAUUGCUGUCGCAUAACGUCGUAUUCCGCAACUCCAUCAACCGCUGCCAGGAGGCCCUUGAUUCUCUUCCCACUGCCGACCGGCCCAACUGGAAUAUUGCGCAAGAGCUGCCCAAGGAAGAGCAGCAAAGCCGUGUUUCCAAAGCCGAAUUCGCACAACCCACCACCACAGCCGUGGAAAUUGCCUUGGUGGACGUGUUAUUAACGUACGGCGUAGCAUUUAACGCCGUGGUCGGUCAUUCUUCAGGCGAAAUCGCGGCUUGUUACGCCGCCGGCAUCCUAAGUUUGAAAGAUGCCAUCCGCAUUGCUUAUUACCGCGGCCGGCACGCUGGUUUGGCGCGCGAGGAUGGCGCCAUGUUGGCGGUGGGCCUGGGUUGGGAAGAGGCCGAAAGCCAGGUCACGGGUGCGGCAGGUUAUAGAGGCCGGUUAUGGCUGGCGGCGCGUAAUUCGCCCGACAGCGUCACUAUUUCAGGCGACGCCGAUGCCGCAAAGGAGGCGCACGCCGAGCUGCAGAGCAGAGGGAUAUUCUCGCGACUCUUGCGCACCGAAAAGGCCUACCAUUCGCCACACAUGCAGGCGUGUUCAGAUUCUUACCUCGAAUCCAUACAGGCCUGCGGCGUGACGCCCAUGCCUCCACGACCCGGCUGUGUUUGGGUGUCGAGCGUGGACGGAAACGCGGACCGCUAUUGGGAUAACGACGUGGCGGCACUGGGCGGCCAAUAUUGGAUCGAUAAUAUGGUUCAGCCGGUGCUUUUCACCGACGCGGUGGAGGAAGCCCUGACCAACGGCGGCCCUUUCGAUGUCGCCGUCGAAAUCGGGCCGCACCCUGCGCUUAAGGGACCUGUCGGACAAACGGUGCAGCUCUUAUUAAGUCGCAAAAUCCCUUACUGUGGCGCCAUGACGCGAGGUGCCGACAGCGUCAAGGCUCUGGUCGACGCCUUGGGUUUCCUUUGGUGCGGCUGGGGUGGCGAUUCCAUCAAGUGGCCUGGUGCUACUCCCCUACCCAACCUACUCAACGACCUACCAGCUUACCCAUGGGAUCACGCGCAGCCCAUUUGGCGCGAGUCACGCAUAUUACGCAACCAUCGCCUACAUGAUUCGGACGCGCAGCCUCGCUGGCGCAACAUGUUGAGCCUGGCCGAACUCCCGUGGCUGCGCGGCCAUGCCUUGGACGGCGACGCCCUCUACCCCGCCGCGGCCUACAUCGUCAUGAUGCUUGAGGUUGCGCGCUUCCUCGCCCGCGGCAAGGCCACGUCGCUGGUUGAACUUUCCGAUUUGACCUUUGACCGCACCCUCCCUGUGCCCGACGGCGGACGUGCAGUGGAGAUUAUAACGGCAGCCAGGGUUGAAGCGACUUCCCAAAAAGAUAUGAUCCGGGCUGUUAUUUCUUUCAGCAUGUGUCAGGAUCCGGUUUCUGGCGUGGUUAAUGCCGACAUUUGCACCGGCUCAUUAACAGUUUUUCUUGGUGAGGCUGAACAGUCUUGGGAGCCCCGGUUGCGACCAACCGAAGCUAAAAUGCAAGUGGAUGUCGACCAGCUAUACUCGAUCCGCGGCACAGGCGUGGCCACAGCAACGGCAAGGUGGAAGGCCGAGGAUGUGGAUUGCGGCGGCCAUGGUCUGGUGCACCCAGGGCUAGUUGAUACGUGCAUCCAUCCGGUGCUGGCAGCGCUCGCGGCGCCGGCCAUGGGCAGACUGAAGACGUCGUAUUUGCCGCAGAGGUUAAAGCGGCUUAUAUUCAACCCGGAGGCCGUAUUCCCGCAAAAAGACGCCGACGUGGCCGAGGUGCAAGUGGACGCCUACGUUACAGACUCGACACCAUCCCUGCUGGUGGGUGACUUUAGCAUUUAUGUGCCAGGCAAGGCGAGCCCGCUGGUCCAGGUUGAUGGCUUAUCCAUGUCGGCGCUCGGCAAGGCCAAUCCCGCCGACGACCGUCUUCUCUUCAGCAAGACGGUUUGGCAACCCGACCUGCUCAGCAGCGACGCGAAUAUGUUGGCCGUCGACGCAAACCCGGUGCAGGAUCAUACGCUGUUGCUAGACGCGGAGCGGGCAGUAUUGUUUAUAUGUCGGAUGAUCGUCGAGGUUGCUUCGACGGUCGACACGAGUAUUUUGAGCACUUCCGGGCAGCAGUUGCUAUCUUAUGCGCAGGAGACGGUAGCAAAGGCUAACAGGGGCGAGGAUUGGUCCCCUGCGGUGGCGAUGGUCGAGGACGGCGGCGCCUCGUGGCUGGGCGACGGAGAGACCGUCAUCGAUGCUAUAUUCCAAGGGCACGCCGCCCACGUCGAAUUUGCACUGCUGCGCGCCGUCUAUGAUGACGUCUCACCCAUCCUGCGAGGAGAAAAGGCACUGACCAACAUCCUUAAGCCCGAGCUGCUGGUCAGCUACUUGACGUUAGGCGCAGGGCCCGAAAACUCCCGUCGCCAGGUCGCGCGCUAUAUGGCCAGCAUUUCGCACCGCUACCCACACGCCAACGUGGUCGAGAUCUGCGGCACCGGGGCCGUCGGUAAAAUUACGGAAGCUGUGUUCGACGCCACGGGAGCCGACUGCUUUGGGUCGUAUACGUUGGCCAACGCCUCCGCCGACGUCCUGGCCGCCGCGAGGGAGUGCCUUGCCCAGCACCCCGUCACUUUCCGCAAAUUAGAAGUAACCAACGACUUGAAAUGGCAAGGUUUGGAGUCGGGAGCGUACGACGUGGUGGUGCUGGCGUCGGAUGUUCUGCAAGCGGGAGCCGAUGACGGGAACUUUGUUUCGUUGCUGGCCAACGUGCGCUCGUUCCUCCGGCCAGGUGGCUUCCUGGUAACGGCGCAACCCACAGGGACGCUUGCGCAUACCAGGCUCUUGCUGCACGGCGGCGGCCCGUCCUGCGAUGAUUGGGAUGACAACUUGCGGAGGGCGGGCUUCUCGGGCCUUGAGGUUAUGCACCACGACCGCGCCGACGACGACCGACUUCACCUGCAUACAGCUUUUGUCAGCCAGGCCCUGACACAAGACGUGGUGCAACUCCGCCAGCCUUUGAGUUACGCCCAGCACCUACCACCCAAGACGCACCUGGCCAUUGUUGGCGGCGCCACGUUGGUCACGUCACAAUUGGUGCGCGAGGCCGAGGCGAUGUUGGGAGUUUUGAUGGCACGGGAGGAAGGAAGGGCGGCGGCGGCGGCGGGGGCGGCGGCGGCAGCAUCAACGCGUCGCAUCUCGAUCGUCCGCGACGUGAGCGCUCUCGGCAACGCAGCUGACCUCGUCCCACACGGCAGCACGGUGCUUUACCUCGGCGAGCUGGACAGGCCGGCAAUGCGUGGCGGCGAUAAAGCCAUGGACCCGGCGAUCCUCAAAGGGCUGCAGGCAUUAUUUACCACGGCAGCGUCCGUCAUGGUGGUGACGCGGGGCGCGGGGCGUUCCAACCCGUCAUCCAACAUGAUGGUAGGGCUGUGUCGUGCACUCCGCGCUGAGCUGCGCCCGCUGCGGUUGCUGGUGCUGGAUUUGGACGAAGACGAGGACCAGCGUCGUCUGGAGCCCGGUGUGUUGCUGCAGCACUUUCUCCGCUUCGCCAUGGUUCCCGCCGCCGCCGCAGCCGGGGUUUUCUUGAGCGAUGAGACGGAGCUGAGGCUGCGCGACGGCACGUUAUACCUCCCCCGCGUGCGCGAGGACGAGGCCCUGAACGCUCGCCUCAACACCAGACGCAGGCAGGUUUCGACCCAGGCCAGCCUCGACAGCCACGAGCUCGAACUGCUGUGGCCCGAAGUCGUCGCAACGCCAAGGGUCAAGGUGGAAGAGGGUCUGCUGGCUGUACAUGUGAGAUAUUCAACGGUUCUGCCGGUGCAAAGGGCCGAGGGCCUGGUGCGGAGACCCGUUUACCUCUGCCUCGGUACGGUACAGGAUAAGUCGGUGCUGCUGCUUUCCGAGACCAACAGAUCCAUCAUUCGCGUACAGGCACCCGGAUCCCUGUGCCCAAUAUCUCCAGACUUGACGUCAGAAUACUUUGCGGUGGUGGCGGUGAUCCUGGCUGCACAGGCUUGGGUGCGUGGCGUGCCCGAGGGGUCGACGGUGUGGCUUCACGGAGAUUUUGCCAGCGACUUGAUAGCCAUUUUCGAAAAUAGCAACGUGGAAAUAUAUUGGACGACCGAAGCAGGUGGGCCAGUUAAAGCAUUACCGCUAACAACCCGGGCGCCUGUACAACUUGGCCGGAAUAGACCCCUGAGACAAUUGCGAGCCGCCGUGCCACCCUAUGUAUCCGCCCUGGUUGUCGCUCAAAAUAUGAAUUCCGAUCUGGUCUCCACUAUCCGGAAAACCCUUGACGUUCCCGAUAUGCUUUGCGGGCUCCUCUUUUCUCCACCGUCCAUUAUAACAUGCAUGCAUUUAACUGAGGCCGUCAAGCAGUUGGAUUCAACCUUGUCUCCUGUCGACGCGCCAGCCGCCUUCCAAAGGAUCCCGCAUCAUCGCCUCUCUCUAAAUACCCUUUCAAACAUGGAUCCCUCGUCCUUGGAGCCGUUCGCCGGCCUUGGCGUGGUCGAUUGGGCCAACAGCCAGGACACUUCCAUCCCUGCCAAGGUGCAGUCCAUCGAUGCCGGCCUGCUAUUCCGGUCUGAUAGGACCUACCUGCUGGUUGGGCUUACACGCGACCUAGGUUUACAUAUUUGUUCCUGGAUGGUCAAACACGGUGUUCGCCACCUGGCUUUGGCCAGCCGUAGCCCCAAACUACCGCAGGCUUGGCUGGAUUCCAUGGCAGCUAAGAGGGUUUCGGUGCGCACCUUUUCCAUGGACGUAACAAACUAUAACCAGGUGUACAGUACGGUGGUUAAAAUCCGAGAGGAGAUGCCGCCGAUAGUUGGUGUGUUCAACGGGUCGUUGCUGCUAUCCGACACGCUCUUUUCACAAGUCGAUGUGAGCGAGCUUUUGACCUCUGUCCUCCCCAAAGCCACAGGUAGCGUCAACCUGGAGCGGGCUCUAGCUGCCCAAGAGUCGACCGAGGGUGGCCGGCUGGAUAUGUUUGUGCUAUUCUCUUCCAGUGUUAGCGUCAUCGGGUCCCCGGGCCAGGCGAGCUACCAUAUGGGUAAUUUGUUCAUGACGGCCAUGGCGGCAAACCGGCGCGCCCGAGGACUGGCGGGGUCGGCCGUUGAUCUCGGCAUCGUCGCUGAUGUUGGUUACGUUGCGCGGCAAGACGCCAACCUGGCUCGUAACCUCCGGCAGAUGGGAAUGCUAUACAAUUGGGGGGAUGAAAUGCUCAACAUUAUGGCCGAGACCAUCCUGGCCGGGCUCCCGAGCUCUUGCCAUGACCCAGAGCUUAUCACAGGCCUGCAACUCAGCGAGGACGAGUCCAACCGGCCGUUCUGGUCCGAGGAGCCUCGAUUCUCCCAUUUUGUCCGGGACGAGAGAAAUCACGCGCGAGAUUACAAUGACCAAGACGGCGGCGGCGUUGAUAAAAGUUCCCCACUCGAAAGGUUGCGCAAGGCGCUAUCCGAGGUUUGUUCCGAGGACCAAGACAACACCACUACUCUGACCCGGGCGGUUGAGGAUGCUCUUGCGCAAAAGGUCACAAGCAUGCUGCAGGUGACGACUGGCACGCUGGACAUGUCGUCACCUCUGGUCGGGCUGGGCAUCGAUUCGCUGCUAGCCAUGGAGUUGCGCCAGUGGCUUCAAAAGACGGCCGGGGUCGACGUUUCGGUGCUGAAGAUACUAGGUGGCGCCAGCGGGACUGCCAUCGCCGAGCAGGCCGCCUUGGCCAUUAAGAAGCUGAAGAGCCAGACCCAGGCGAUGGCGGGUCCAGCGGCGCCCAUUCCCAGGCCCAGUCCCAGUUCCAGAAACCCCGCUGCCGCCGUGAGUAAUGAUAAGCAGCCUGUUGUCAGCAGCAACUCGAGCUCUGCCACCAGUGUAUACGGCUCUUCUCAAUCGGAAAAUUCGGCAGGAAAAGAAACCUUGUCCAGCUCUGGCUCGCUCUCGCCCUCGCAGCACGGCAUGAUUACUCCGACUUCGUCGACCCCGACUCUUUCCGAGGAGCAGCAUCGCGACCCCAAGGCUAGACCUUCCACCGAGGCGGCAAUCCGUAGGGCCCCUUUGUCGUUUAACCAAGAGCGCCUCUGGUUCAUGCACCAGCUCCUCCGUGACCGUAGUACAUAUAACGAAACGGUCAUGUACCGCAUCGAGACGGCCUUGGACCCCAAGAGGCUGGAGAGGGCCAUGAAUCUCGUUGUGGCCCGUCACGAGAUCUUGCGCACCCGCUACCUCAACGAUGCCGCUACAGGCACCGCCGUGCAGGAGGUCUUGGCGGCCGACUCCAAAACCCUGUCGCCGUUCCGCUUUGUCGACGCCGCAACUGAGCCCGACGUCGAAAGGGUGGUCGAGGCAGAGUACGAGUCCGUGGCUGGGUACGAAUGGAACUUGGCACGCGGCGAAUGUAUCCGUCUGACCCUGAUUUCACUUCCUCGGGAGCGUCAGGUGUUGAUCCUCGGCGCCCAACAUAUGGCCGUCGACUCGGUUACCUGGCCCAUCAUCUUCAGGGACUUGGACGCCUUUUAUACGACUGGCCGCUCGGACCCUUCGCCCCCGGCCCAAUAUGCCGACUUUGCCAUCCAGCAGCGCAGAGAGACCACCGACCACGGGCCUUCCCUGAGUUUCUGGACCAGGGAACUGGCGGGCCUUCGGCUCUCGGACCCGCUGCCGCUGCUGCGAGGCCUAGCCAAGGUUGCGACCCGGCCGCCACUGGAUUGUUACGACGUCGUCAAGUCCGUGUGCCGGCUUAGCCCGGUGCAGGCCGCGUCCGUCAAACAUAUGGCUACCAAGCUUGAAGUAACAGUAUUUGCCCUUCACAUGAGCCUCUUGGGAGUUUUGAUGGCCAACCUGACGGCCGUCGACGACUUUUGCGUGGGCUUCUGCGAUGGGAGCCGACCGGAUGACUUUGUGGAAACGGCAGGUUUCUUUGUUAACAUGCUGCCGCUCCGUCUUUCGGACUUGUCCCGGGAACCUCGUCAAUUCGCAGACUUGGCUCGCGUCACUUUUGCCCGCAUCAUAUCUUCCUUGGCGCACGCCUCGACGCCCACAGAAAUGAUGGUGCAGAAGCUGAGCGCUGGGCGAUCCACCCGCCAUAACCCCCUUUUCCAAGUCGUUCUCAACUACCGCGCCGGCGUCCUGGCGAACUCGUACAUCGGGCCUGCCCAGCUUGAUUUCGUCAAGACGCAGAACUCGCGUAACCCUUACGAUUUGAUACUCAACGUGAGCGAAAUGCCCGAUGGGGGUAUUUUACUAGAUGUCGUCGCGUUAAAGUCACUUUACACAACCGAAGCGGCCGAGGCUGUGCUGGCCAUGUAUUGUAGAAUGUUGGAAACGCUCUGCGCGAACGAGAGGGCCACCCUGGGCGAGCUGACGUCGGCCCUGGAGAGCAACAGCAGCAGCAGCAGCAGCGCCACCCCUAAUAAUGAGUCACAUGCCAUGGACCUGUGGCAGCGCAUUGGAGAAGUUGCGACGAAAAACCAAGCUGCCGUGGCCAUUUACGAUGAUGCCCUUCCACCACUCUCUUACGGCGACCUGAUGUCUCGGGCAGAUACCAUGGCGGCGGUGCUAUCUGCAUCUUGCACGGCCGAGGGAAUUGAUCCUCGGGGUGCCGCUUGUGGCCUAAUUUUUGAAUCGUCAGCUGAUUAUAUCGCGUCGCUGCUGGCCGUGUGGAGGUUGUCGGCCGUGGCCGUACCUUUUGAUCCUUCCAAUCACGAAACCAGGCUCACCGCCAUGUCCCAGGACUGCAAACCGCGCGUCUGGUUGUACCACAGAAAUACCAAACAUCUUGCCGUUCGGCUAGCCCGGGCGUCCCCCGCCGCCCUAGAGGCUCAGCGGCAGCUUGUGGUGGACGUCUCGGAGCUGGUCGACGAGCGCGGCGAUACGAAGGCAUUGCCAAUGCCAGACCACACCCCAUCUCCAAACCACGCCGCGGCCAUUUUCUACACGAGCGGUUCGACUGGCCAGCCCAAGGGCGUUGUGCUGGCCCAUAGAAAUUUUUGCUCCAUCGUGGGCGCCGUCUGCGACGCACUUGGGGCCGAAACCUUUGGCGUCGUGCUGCAGCAAUCCUUCAUCGGCUUCGACAUGUCGCUGUACCAAAUCCUAUCAGCACUCCUGGCCGGCGGCGCCCUCGUCAUUUGCCCCUACGCACACCGCCGAGAUCCCACCGAGAUCAUACGUCUCGUGCGGCGUCGCGACGUGACCGUCGUCGUGGCUACACCGACUGAAUUGAGCAUGCUCCUGGAGCACGACGCGCGCGACGGUUUGACGCGGUGUCCAACUCUUCGCUCUGCGCUGAUGGGCGGCGAAGUCGUAACGUCCAACAUGAAAAAGCGGUUCCUCGCGCUCGAAAAGACCACGGGCAUCAGGUAUAGUGUCGUGAACAUGUACGGCCCCACAGAGACGUGUUUCCUUAGCAACAUGGGCCUCGUUAAAUAUUGGACAGAGGACGAGGAUGGCGCCGCGAGUCUCGUUCCUGUCGGCCCGCCACUAAGUUGUGCACGCGUCUAUCUACUCGACCAGGACGGCCGCGAGGUGCCACAGGGCGAGCAGGGCGAGAUAUACAUCGCGGGUGCCGGCGUGGGCCUGGGCUAUUUGAACCGGCCCCAUCUCACAGCGCAAGCGUUCCUGGACGAGCGCGGGGCCGAGGAAAAAGUCGCGGGUGAUGGAAUGCCACCCAAGAUGUACCGCACGCGCGACCGGGGCUACUAUCUUCCCGACGGAUCCCUGGUGGUCACGGGCCGAAUCGAUGGCGACACCCAAGUCAAGGUUAACGGCGUACGUAUCGAACUGGACGAUGUGGCCGCUACCAUCCGCAAGAUAGCCGACGGCCGUUUAUCCCAUGUUGUAGCUACACUACGCGGUCAAGGUUGCAGCGAUAGCGGCGACAAAGAUAAUAUUAUCGUAGCCUUUGUUGUGCCGUCGGCCAGUCUUCCCGCCGGUGAAGUCGACUCGCUCCUGGCCACUCUGUCUACAAGCCUGCCACUCCCUAUAUAUAUGCGGCCGUCAGUCAUCGUCCCUAUAGAGACAAUUCCUCUCAAUGCCAGCGGCAAGCUUGACCUAGCCGCGUUGGCCAAGGUGCCGUUGCCUGGCGAAGCAGCAGGAGUGGUUGCCACGUCGCCGACACCAGCAUCAGCAUCAGCAUCAGCAUCAGCAUCAGCAUCAGCAUCAGCACCAGCACCAACACCAGCACCAGCAACAGCCCCAGCACCAGCAACAGCCCCAGCACCAACACCAGCACCAACACCAGCACCAGCACCAACACCUCAGCCACAAAUUGGCCAGACACCCAAAGAAUCCUCUCUAUCAUCUACGCUUGGCUACCUUGAGCAGGAGCUGUUCUCGCUGUGGCACUCGGUGCUCCCGGUUAUAGGUCAACGCCUGCUGAAAUCCACCAAGCCGGUCCACAACCUCGACUUCUUCCGCGUCGGCGGCAGCUCUAUCACGCUGGUCACACUGCGGAACGCAAUCAAACGCCGCUUCCGAGUAAACUUGUCCCUGCUGUCACUAUAUGAAAAUAGCACACUCGGGGAAAUGGCAUUUGAAAUCGACCAGCAUGCCAAGGAGACUGCGGCCGAUUGGGAGGCUUGGGAUAAGGAGACACGCUUCGAGCCUGCACAACUGCCGCAAGCGAAUUCCGCCGAGCCGGUCCCUCGCCUCCCCGGCAGCCCCAUGGGCAUCGUUAUGACCGGUGCCACCACGCCGUUGGGCCGCCGCGUGCUCAAGAGGCUGGUGUCUCGCCCCGGUGGUGGCACAGUCUACUGCGUAGCCCUGUCGUCCGACGAUCAAAAGGCGAUCGAGAAGUUUAUAAGCCCGACUGCGGCAGAAGGCCGGGUGGAGUUUUUCCAAGGCUCUCUCGACCACCCGACCAUUGGGCUGGAGGACGACGAUUUGGCGCGACUCAGGGCCCGGGCUGACGUGAUAUUACACAUGGCCUCGGAGGGCUCGUGCCUCAACAACUUUGCGUCCAUCCGGCAACCAAACCUGGGCUCCACGCGGUUCCUUGCCUCGGCCCUGGCUGCCUCGCCCUCCAAACACAUCCACUUCCUCUCGAGCGCGCGUGUGGUUCUCUUCAGCGGCCGAGACGAAUAUCCCGCCGCCUCCGUAUCGAGCUUCUACCCGCCGGCGAGCCCCACCUCGCGCGAAGGCUUCACCGCGACCAAAUGGGCGGGCGAGCGGUUCCUCGAGAACUUUUCGGCGCACGCCGCCGCCUCCGUCACCAUCCACCGCACAGGCUACAUCAUGUCCGACGACGCGCCCGACAUGGACGCCGUGAACCAGAUUUGUAAAUACUCCGCGCUCCUGUCGGCCGUCCCCUCCCUAGACCGCUUCCAAGGUUGGCUGGACAUGUCCGACGUUGAAUGGAUCGUCGACAGCUUCGUUGCCAGCCUGGACCAGCCCUCAGCCUCGCACGCCGUGCGCUACGUCCACCACACGCAGAUGAAGCCUGUCGCGGUUGCUGAUUUUUCCCAGCACAUGGAGCGCCUGCAUGGCCGCGCCUUUGAGACCCUCUCCAUGGCUGAAUGGUCCCGCCGGGCCGUCGGCCUCGGCAUGAGCUCCUUUUUAUCCGAGUUUUUGAGAACCAUAAUAGAAAGGAAAGAAAAAGCCAGGUAUCCAAGAUUGUUAACUUGGGACGAAGAGGACGAUGAGGUAUAA